AUGAGUGUCCAAUUGAAGGAUAUUUCAGUAUGUCGUGUGUUUGUGCACGAGUUUCUCCUGAGACUUCAAGAAACGAAUUCCAGUGAUUACAUCACAUUGGGCGAUAGCGGAGUUGCGCUUCGCAAGAUCAAAUAUGACAGAUCAAUGUUAAAAUACAAAUUACACAAAGAACGUCAAGGUUGUAAUCGCUUUGAUAAAACCAUCUCAGAAACACAAAAGUCGUUGACUGAUUUGGCUGAUCGGGGUGUUACUGUGCAGUUGGAUGUUCCGCUGGAUAUGUGGGAUAAACCGUCAGUCGAAAUUUCAUCAUUAACGAAACAGUGUUAUUCCAUGGUUUCCGCAUUUGAAGAUGCAUUGGAAGAUUGGUUUUAUAAUCUUCAGGGUGAGGUCGACUUACUGGAUUAUUUCUGUCGUGAUCGAGUGCUGAAAGAUUUUCCUAAAGCGCAGGGUCCACGAAUCGCGUAUAUCUGUCAUUCAUUUCAUUCGAUCACUCGUACCGAUCAAACAUACGGUAUGCGUAAAGUAUUGGCUUGUGUAAUACUGAUUCAAGACUGA